GCGACGCGAGUGGGCUCCUGUUGGCCAGGCUUUUGUUGUUCCCAAAAAAACAUUAAAAAAAAUUAAUAAUAAUACAAAAAAAGGAUGCAAAAAUAGAAAAUGUGAACUCGCAAUACGGCCGAGAGAUAAGUUAAACAAAAAACCAAGUGGCCGUGGAACCAGAGCCUAGAAGCUGGAAAAUCGAAAUAGUCGCGAGAUUAGAAAUUUUGUGUGUGCCAGUGUGUGUGUGCCAGUGUGUGUGUGAGGGAUAUGGAGAAAGGACAUCGCGUCGCCAUGUUAGACGUGUUUGUUGUCGUUGUCGCCGCCACGUUGUCGGUGGUUUUGGAUCCUGGAUACUGCCACUAGAAUCGGGAUAACUAUAACCCAUCCUCGAGCGAGAGGACUGGACAAUGGCGAGGGAACUGGCCCAUACUCCGUAAUCCCCACUAGAAAGUGCUAGAGGAAAAACCCGCCAGCGGAGGAAAGCGGGAGCACCGUUGUUAGACGUAGACGUUAUCCCGUAGACCCCCCGGAAAAUCCCCCCGUAUCCGUAACCCCCGCUCGGAAAUUCCCACAGUGUUUUAGUUGCUCGCUCGCUCGCUCUCUCCCGCGUGUGUGUGUGUGUGUGCGUGUGACUUUCUCUCUCUCGCGCGGUGUCACUCUCUCUCCAGGACUCUCUCCAAACUCUCUCUGCACUCUUUAUAUCUCUCUCUGGCGUGACAUGUUUAUGUUUUGGCCACCAACGGCGCUCUCAGUUGCCAAUUUUGACAGCCAGAACUGUCAGUGUACAGUGGUGCAAAUCGAGUGAAUUCCCCGCAAAAACCUUGUUGACAAACACCAUGUGAAGGUGGCGUGAAAUGGACAAAAACAAGACUCAGUUAAAGCACUUAAUGGUUCCUAGUUGAUACUAAACUGAUACAAAGGACGCAGGACAACGGUGGAUUACUUUGGGACACUGGCGGUGGAUUGAUAAAUUGAUGGUAACGUAGUAUGUAGAAGCAGCUGUGAUAAAUAGUGCGCAUAUUAUACGAAAAAAGCAAAAAGAGUAUACGACAAACAAAUAAAACAACAAAAGCAACCACACUACUACUAAAAAAAAAAAAACAACCAAGGAAAAGGUCUAAGGAAAACUCAAAGAGAGAGGGGAAAAUUGAGGAAAUCGCCAUGGAUUUAUGACAACAACAAUUGCAACCCAAUAACAAAUGAUGUUGCAACAACAACAACCAUACACGAGUAUACCAAGAACAACAACAACAACUGCAACGGCAACUAACAACAAAUUGUAUACGAUUUUUAUAAACCAAACAACAAAUUCUAUGUAAAUAAUUAUUAUAACAUACAAAAAAGAAAACAUUCGAAAAAAAAACAGAUCUCCCGCUUAAAAAACCAACAAACGCGCGCGUAACAACAACAACAACAAUACAACAAGUAUACAAACGUAAUAAUAAUACAUAAAAUCUAAACAAAUGUGCCUGUGUUAAAACAAAAGAAAGAAAGCAAAAUAAAGAAGCAAAGCAUUCAAAAAGCAGAAGCUUCCAAAAUAGAUGUAAAAGUGCAAAACAUACCUACAUAAAAACCAAAACCAAGAAAGUAAUACCCCUAAAAUUAAAAAAGAAAAAACUCAAGAACUGGAAAAGAACAGAAUAAAGAGGACUUCAAAACGGACAGCUACAGUAGAGCUUCCCUAAAACAGAGAGGCAGUUGAAGCGGCGGAGCGGGACGUCGGUCAGUGUGUUGCGCCCCCAUUUGUUGUUCCUACUCCAAAAGUGGCACAAAUCGGGUUAGACGUCGCUCCCAGAGCAUUAAUGGCUCAGCCCAGGUAUGACGAUGGCCUACACGGCUACGGCAUGGACUCCGGAGCCGCCGCAGCGGCCAUGUACGAUCCACACGCCGGUCACCGGCCGCCCGGCCUGCAGGGCCUCCCCUCGCACCACUCUCCGCACAUGACGCACGCAGCGGCGGCGGCGGCCACAGUGGGCAUGCACGGCUACCACUCGGGGGCCGGGGGUCAUGGAACACCUAGUCAUGUAUCGCCGGUCGGUAAUCACCUAAUGGGCGCAAUACCCGAAGUACACAAACGUGAUAAGGAUGCGAUUUAUGAACAUCCGCUAUUCCCGCUUUUGGCGCUGAUCUUUGAGAAGUGCGAAUUGGCCACAUGUACGCCGAGGGAGCCCGGGGUGCAAGGUGGCGAUGUCUGUUCGUCGGAAUCGUUCAACGAGGAUAUUGCAAUGUUCAGUAAACAGAUAAGAUCACAGAAACCCUAUUAUACCGCAGAUCCCGAAGUCGACUCACUGAUGGUGCAAGCAAUACAAGUACUUCGGUUUCACCUUUUAGAAUUAGAAAAAGUGCACGAAUUAUGCGAUAACUUCUGUCAUCGGUAUAUAUCGUGUUUAAAGGGUAAAAUGCCAAUAGAUUUAGUGAUCGACGAACGGGACACCACCAAACCACCGGAGUUGGGAUCGGCGAACGGAGAAGGGCGCAGCAAUGCCGACUCCACAUCGCACACCGAUGGAGCUAGUACACCAGACGUUCGGCCGCCGAGCUCAUCGCUGUCUUAUGGCGGCGCAAUGAACGAUGACGCCCGAUCGCCGGGCGCUGGUAGUACUCCCGGUCCACUGUCACAGCAGCCACCUGCCCUAGAUACAUCAGACCCUGAUGGUAAGUUCUUAUCAUCACUCAAUCCUUCAGAACUAACAUAUGAUGGACGAUGGUGUCGAAGAGAAUGGUCCUCACCUGCCGAUGCUCGCAAUGCAGACGCCUCCCGGCGAUUGUAUUCCUCAGUCUUCCUCGGUAGUCCUGACAACUUCGGAACGAGUGCAAGCGGUGAUGCCAGCAAUGCCAGCAUAGGAAGUGGAGAGGGCACCGGCGAGGAGGACGACGAUGCGAGCGGCAAAAAGAACCAAAAGAAACGUGGCAUUUUCCCAAAAGUAGCAACCAACAUAUUGAGAGCGUGGCUGUUUCAGCAUUUAACGCAUCCCUACCCAUCCGAGGACCAGAAGAAACAAUUGGCCCAGGACACCGGCCUAACGAUACUGCAAGUGAAUAAUUGGUUCAUCAAUGCGCGGCGAAGAAUCGUCCAGCCGAUGAUCGAUCAAUCGAAUCGUGCAGUCUAUACACCGCAUCCAGGUCCCUCCGGAUAUGGCCACGACGCCAUGGGCUACAUGAUGGACAGCCAGGCGCAUAUGAUGCACCGUCCGCCCGGAGAUCCCGGGUUCCACCAGGGCUAUCCGCAUUACCCGCCGGCCGAGUACUACGGCCAGCACUUGUAAUCCGCGUAAUCCGGCCCGGAACCGGAAACGGAAACGGAACUGGAACUGGAACGGAAACGGGAACCAGAGAGCUCUCCGGAAGCGAACAAGCCAAAAUCAUAGCUUAAAUUUUACCACCACCAACAACCACAACUGGAGAAUGAAAAGAGGAUCGAAGGAGGAGGAGCAUCAGGAACUGGAGGAGCAGUCCGAUCCAAUCCCAAAACUAGCAUACCGCGUGGCAAUAUCAGUCAAGUAAUAGCAAACAAAAAACAACAAGCAAAGAACAACAAACAACCAACAACCGUAGUAAAAAUCUAUAAAAUGAUAUUAGCUAAGCAACAAAACAACCAACAACCAACAACCAACAACUACAACAACUGCAGAAUCCAGAACAACAACCAGCAAAAACAAACCAGAAAUUUUAAAGAAACUAUUUGUGUAUACCUUAAACAUAAAUAACAAAAGCAGAAAAAAGGGAAAAAAUAAAAACAAGAAAAAAGAUAUUUAUGCCUAAACAAAAAUGAAACGCUUAGCUAUAAGUUAAAUAAACAAAAUAAAACCAGAACUCAACACACACACACAGACACACCCACACACACACACACCGAACAGCAACGGCAACAACAACAAUUUGAUAUGCAAAUUUUUAUGUUCAAAGCUGCAGAAUGCAAAACACAACAUUUUUAAAGCAUGAAUUUAGGCGCAGACCAGCAAGGAAACUAAAACUAAAAUACACAAAAUUUAAGCGACAUUUUCGUUCGGAAUUGUUAUAGAUUUUAGUUUGAAUUUAGAAAAUGCCCCGCCCCCACCAGAAAAUCAA